AUGACUUCACCAUCAGUUACCUCCUUCUCUUCCAUCCCCUUCUGGGUGGUGGCUAUCGCCGCCCUCUUUCUUCACUUCGCCGGGGAAACCCUCGGCGUCGAUCUCCUCGUUCGGCGAGCCAUGUGGGUACUGGUUUUCAACGCAUACUUCUUCAAGGUGCACCCAGUACUUGGCUUUGGUGUCUUCUGUAUCCUCUCUUCGGCCAUCGGUAUCUGCCUCAAUGUCUCCUGGGCCUUCGACGUGCCAGUCUGGUUAGUCGUCGUCUACUUCAUCCUCCAAGCCUUCCUGUGCAAGUUUACUGCACUGGGUUGGUACGGAUUUUGGAGUGCCGUCACGGUAGCCCAAGUCUACCGUAACGGGCUGGCACCGGUCUCGGAGAUUCUUGGAGGCAUGGCAUUGUCCUCGAUCAUCAGAUGGGUCAUCAGGUACAAUGCUCCGUUCGUCCCCGAGCUGUCUGACCAGGCUUUCGUCUUUGGGCGAAAGCUGGACAAAUGGUAUCGGUGGGCUCUGGAGAUUGCCCACCAUCUUGAUUGGUCGUUGAGCACCGAAGGCCUGAUAACUGUUUUCGUCGUCUGCGCCAGAUGCGGUAUCAACCUGAUCCGCAACAUCGCCAAAAUGCUUCGGGAUUGCCGUCGUUCCAGUCAGGCCCGCCAUCAACACUGGCCUACAACCCAUUAUGUGAACCGAGGCCCCUUCCCGACCUCCGUGGUCGAGGAAGAGCCGCGGUUCACACCCAGUGAGGCCGCCCCUAAGGAACCCCCCGCACCCCGCAAGCCGCCAGUUUAUUACGGCGAGUCCAGAAAGGAACGCCAGGAGCGUGAGGCACGUGAGGGCGCCGAGUUCUGGAGAAAUCUUCUCGCUAUCCACAGGGAGAGGAUCCAGAACCCUCAAAAGCCCGCUCACUGCUUUGAUGGAUUCCACUCGCCGUAUAAAUGGGCGCGUCUAGUUAACUCUCGCUCUGCCCCUUCAGUCAAGUUUGCCGCAGAGGUGAUGAGAACCGCCCCUGCACCCGUGCCUGAGCCUGAACCCGUCCAGCACACUCCCGAGCCUGUUUCCGAGCCUGUUUCCUUGCCGGAACCGGUUCUCGAGUCCGCCCCCGUUCAGGUUCAAGAGGCAGUGCAGGAGUGGGUCGUCGAAGAUGCCGUCGUCCCCCAGCCCACUCCGGGACCACUCCCGGAGACCGUCGAGAGUUGGGAGCCAAUCCAGGAUUUCGUGGAACUCAAGAGUACCUCGCCCGAAAUUCCCGAGAUUGCCUCGCCCCCAUUCGACGCGAUGAGCAUCGUCGACGACGAACUAGAGCAGAUUCUGGCGCAGUCGGUGCACCCGUUCCCGGUCGAAGCGAAUGUCGACGACUCCCUCCUAGACGACGUUGGUCCAAAGAUCGUAUUCUCGCACCCAGCCACCGAAACCUCCAACCACUUGUUGCCCGGCCCAAUGGACUUAGAUGCCCCUGUGAUUCUAAGCGAGCCCAUGGAGAUCGACCAACCCUUGGUGAUAACGCCUGGCGUCAUGGAGCUGGAUAUCUCUUCCAAGGUGGCUAGUCCCAUACCUAGCCCGGUACUCAGCCCCAUGCCGCCAAGCCCGGUCCUCAGCUCCUUGCCGCCAAGCCCGGUACUUAGCUCCAUGCCGCCGAGCCCCGUGCCGGCGAGUCCCGUGGCGGCAAGUCCUGUGCCGGUAUAUCCCUUGGUUUGGGACGACUUUGGUAUGUCGACGCUCUCCAUCGAGGAUCCUGAAUGGGCCCCUGAGGCGAGCUUCCCUUCGGGGAUUCUCGACUCACCGGUUCCAAACAACCUCGCGGAGUCCGGCGACUACCAAUUGCCGGAGGUGCCUGAGGCGCCUCCGGUCUCCGUGGAGCCCGAAGGCGGGUACCCUGUGGUUGAGGAGUCCGGCAGUGGUAGCGAGGAUAGCCUCGUUCUCUCUGCGGGGGAGGAAGAAUUCGUGGACGUCGUGUACCAGCAAGAGGCUAGCGGAUCAUCAUCUCCGUACUCCGAUCCUUCCAUUCUCGGGGAAACGUGGGAACCUCUGGGCCGAGAAUCGGAGGAGGAAUCCGCUGGUCAGGAAUCGGGGGAGGAAUCCGCUGGUCAAGGACCGGCGGAGGAAUCCGCUGAGGAGGGACCGGCGGAGGAAUCCGCUGACGAGGGAGUGGCGGAGGGAUCCAAUGCCGACGACGAAUCCAUUGAGAUUACCCUCCCCAUUCCCGAGAACGCCACGCCCAAGAUGGUUUCCCCGUUUUCUGUCGGUAACGAGGAGAUUAUCGCAGCGAGGAAGAUCAUGAAGCCCAAGUCGCGGAUGGCCAAGCUACCCGCGGCCGAGUUGGCGACCUCGAUGAAUCUCCUCAUGCAGAGCACCGCCGGCCCGAGUACCCAGCCGGCGGUAUCGGCACCUACCGAGAGUACGGAAGAGCAGCCGCCGCAUUCCCAUGAUCUCCCUGGCCGCACCUGUCGCGUCACGGACGCCUUUUACGACGGACGUGCAAUCACCUCGGCCGAGAAUCCCCUUCUCGCGAGCCCCGUCCUGUACGAUUCUCCGUUGUCGUCGCUUGACUCGGCCGACUUCGAGGACAUCGUCGAGGAGAUAAAGGCGUCCAUGAAGGGCAAGGAGAAGGAAGACGGCCAGCCCGGACCAUCCAACCCACCUGCUCCCCAGGGCUUCCAUGACGCCGAAGAACUGGACCAGUACUUCGAAGAGCAGGUGAUAGGGUACAUGCUCCAGGGCAUGAGCGACGAGGCGGCGCGAGUGAAUGCUGAGCGCGACGUCGAGGCGGUGGCCGGUCGUCGACGCUGACUUUGGUCGCGUCACCCGUACCCCCUCUGAUAUCUCUCACAUUUGCUAGUUGCCUACUCUUCGCGGCUGCUCCGAUGAUCCCCGGCACACGCCGGUACGCCUCUUGCUGGCGGAAACAGAACUCCGUCAUCCCCUCUUCCCUCACUUCUAUCCGAACAUACCUCUGACAACUAGCACUGGACCGGUCGACAAAAGUACGGCUUACGGGUUCCCUAUGAACUCCUUGUGGGUGACGGGUUACCAAUCCCUAGGAACCUCCUAGUGGGGUGACGGGAUGGCCAAGCCUCAGGAACCCCCUCACGGGGGAGACAGGUUAUGUACUUCCCUAGGAACCCCCUCGCGGGGGAGACGGG